AGAGAGAGAGAAAGAGGGAGGGAAGAGGAAGGGAGAGGGAGGAGUGUCAGCCAGCGACUGAGCCAAUGAGAGACGAGGAGAGUGAAGCAGCACAACAAUAGUGGGCUGCUCUUCUGGCUGUGGACUCAGAGAAGGAGCUCAGAGAGAGAGAGACACACACACAGACGCUGCAUAAACCAGCUGCAGGCAGAUUACAGCUGGCGUUUGUGUACAGGCAAUACAGGAUACUCACUUUUGUUCUUCCAUGCCCUCUCUGCUCCAGCCACAAAACCACAGAAUUGCAAAAAAAAUAUUGACACAGGAGCGUUUUAGGAAUUCUUUUUUUAUUUCUAUUUUUCUGCUGUGAUUGCAUAGGACUGUUGAACUUGAGGAGUGUGUCCGUAGAGAGUUUGGACCUUUUUUUUUUGUGCUUGGUCAAUUCUUUAAAAGUCAUUGCCUGGACAUUGGAACAGCUGACGAGACCAGAGUGUGUUUGGACACUCGUGGGAGGCAGCUUUGCCAACUUUGGAUUUUUACAGUCAGAGUGUGGGCUCACCUCUGUCAGCCCUUUGAGGAGAACUUCUGUUUGUCUGCUCUGACAUUUUUUUGUGCAGCCAAGGAAAGGGGGGGGGGCAUUGAUCGCUCCAUCCCUGAAGAGUGGAGCACCAGAACAUUUUGAUCUGAGUGUGUGUGAGCGAGGCGCAAGAUUGUGUUCUGGGGGAUGCCUCUGGAUGUGGUGAUUGCGCCAGCGGAGGACUGUUUUUGGCCGGACCUGCAGGGCACAGACAUGAGACUGAAGAUCAGGGUCCGCCGUAUGAAGGAGGGGAGAGAGCUGCGAGGAGGUUUUGCUGCUUUCUCUUCCUGUUUCCCCGGCCUGUGUGAGGGGAAGCCUGCCACUGCUCUGCCUAUGAGCUUAUCCCAGCCCUGUUUGCCCGUGGCUAAUGUAGGGCCCACUCGCAUCCUGCCACACCUCUACCUGGGUUCACAGAAGGACGUCCUCAAUAAGGAUCUGAUGGCUCAGAAUGGUAUCACUUACGUGCUGAAUGCGAGCAACACCUGCCCCAAGCCAGACUUCAUCAGUGAGAGUCAUUUCAUGCGCAUCCCGGUCAAUGACAACUACUGUGAGAAAUUGCUUCCCUGGCUGGACAAAACCAAUGAAUUCAUAGACAAAGCUAAGGUGUCAAACUGCAGAGUCAUUGUGCACUGCCUGGCUGGAAUCUCGCGUUCAGCGACCAUCGCUAUUGCAUACAUCAUGAAGACAAUGGGCUUGUCAUCAGAUGAUGCCUACAGGUUUGUAAAAGACCGGAGACCGUCCAUAUCCCCCAACUUUAACUUCCUCGGUCAGCUGCUGGAGUUUGAGAAGGGCCUGCAGUUACUCCAGGCUUUGACUUCAACGUCUGACGAGAACAUUUCUGAAAACAACAGCAAGCAAAGCUCUGACAUUAAUGGAGUGGACACAGGUUUCGCGAUGAACGGACAUCACGGCAACAAUGACUCAUCUGCGGCAGAUCCACACAUCCCAGCAGAACCCAAGCUACCAUCACCCAUCUCCCUCCAGCAAGGCUUCAAUGGCCUGCACCUCUCCGCAGAGAGGAUCAUGGACACUAACCGGCUCAAACGCUCCUUCUCGCUGGACAUUAAAUCUGUCUACUCCCCCAACAGUCCCCGUUGCCCCAGCCUGGCACCCACGCACUCUGAAGACGUCCCCAAGCUCUGCAAGCUUGACAGUCCAGGAACUGGCACCUCAAAUGGUGUCUGUUCCCAGUCUCCAAUCCUAGACAGCCCCAGCCCGUCGGAUUCUCCAUUCCCCUCACCAGGCAGCAGCGGCAGCAUAGGGGGUUUGGGGCUCGGAGGAAGUGAAGUCCAUCGGUCUAGUUCUUCGUCCUCCAGACCCAGGAGAAAACCUAAGCACAGCUCCAGCAGUUCACCAGUCCACGCACAACCACACCAACCUCCACAGUCCCUCAGCUUGUCACUGGACCACAAGAACCCCAACCAGGACGAGAACUUAAAAGGCUCCCUGCUCCUCUCGCUACCCUCGCUGCCCACUGUGGGGUCUGGAACCAUGUGGACCAAACACAGAGACACUGUCCAGGCCACUACUCCCGUCACACCAGUCACACCCACCACUGAUGCCCCCUGGCACUUUGGGGCAUCGGAGGGCGGUGAGAGGGGAAUGGAUCUAGGAGAGGGCGGAGAUGGAGGAGGGGAGGAGUCAUCCGUGAGGUUUGGCAGCAGCUCAGCGUAUGUGGCGUUUGGGUGCAGUGAAGGUGUGCGGUUACGAGACAAAUCUCUGAGGGAGAAGCCCUCAGCGCCGCAAACACAGAGAGACUCCACGUCAUCAUCCGCCAUGUCCCUGUCCAGCAGCUCGAACAACAGCGGGCCUGUGGCGGAGAAGCAGUUCAAGCGGCGCAGCUGUCAAAUGGAGUUUGAGGACGGGAUCGCUGAAACGCGGUCCCGAGAGGAGCUGGGGAAGAUCGGGAAACAGUCAAGCUUCUCUGGAAGCAUGGAGAUCAUUGAGGUAUCCUGACAGAUAAUGGACUUCAUCAGAGAUGUCCUAUGGGGACGAAAAUAGACCUUGUUUGAAGGUGUUCAAGAAGGGGACAUAUGAGGAGGAGCACAAGAUGUGUCUUUUAUGCUCCCCUCACUGACAGUGUUAAAGACUCCUACUGAGAGAAGGACAAAUAGAGACACAAGCUGAGAGUUAAUGUGAAAAGGUUUAGCAAGUGAAUUAGCAUCGGCACCUGGACAGACAGAGCCUAAGACGUGGUGCUCAGCAGACCAUAACCAUCCUGAACUCUCAUAGAAAUCUGAAGAAAAGCCUGGAUGAGGGUGGGUGACUGUAAUGUAGGUACUGAAAAUAUUCGGUCACAGAUUUAAAAAAGAAAAAAAAAAAAGGAACAACACAGGUUAAGUGAACAUUGCAUCCUUAUUACAUAGAAAACCCCUAUUUUGACAGCGUUUGGACAAAAACUGCUUGCCUGUGGUCAAAUGUAGUGUGCUUCAGUGGGUGUAUAUCUUGUGAUUCGAACCAAGCCCCAUGUUUUUUCGCCCAGAGCUUCACCCCGGUGUAAAGAAAGCCUCAAAACCUCGCACGACUACGUCCCCACCCCCAGACUCCCGGCGGCUCUGCAUUACAGCGUUGAUAGCUCUACAGACUCCUUUUUAAAAAGCACCGUCUCCUCACAGAGAUCCCAAGGACUUAAUCAAAGGUGGUACUGCAUCAAAACAAUGAAGGAUCCUCAGCGAGGGGAAAGACUUUGAGUUGAAGACUCUUAGUGACGGGCAGUGACACGUCCCCCCCCACCACCCUACAAAGCACAGAGUGUCUUUCCUGACUUUGGCUCCCUUGUUUCAAGUGUUAACAGCGUGACGGGACUGAGGUUUCAGGAUGUUGACGAGGGUUUCUCUCUAAAGCCCUUCAUCUCCUUUAACCCACACACCCCACACACACCCCUUCACCAUUGCUCCCAGUCACCACCUAUGGUCACCACUGAGCAUGCACCAGAAAGGCUGACUACAGAGAGACAAAUACUAUAUAUACAAUAUGAAUAUAUGGACUUUUUUUGUUGUUAUAGUUUUAAUUUAUUGUACUGGUUCAUUCUGGUAAUGAGAAAUAAUAUAAUGUUUUGUGGAUUUAUUUCUUUUCUUCUUUUUCUUUUGAAUUAUUAUUGUUAUUAUUAUUAUUAUUAUUAUUAUUAUUAUUUGCUGUAUGGUAUUUAUGAACACACACUCGUACAAAUACACACAUUCAACAAAUUCAAGCGAGCAAUAUGUGCUGUUCCUUCUUUGGGGGAGAGUGAUGUAUGACUUUGAAAUGCACUUUUCUGCUUUCUGAUGAACAGUUGUGAUUAUUCCAUUCACACCCUGGCAAUUUAAUAUUCAAAAAAAAAAAAAAGCCGAGCGAGUUGAGUUUUGGUUCAUGUGAGAGCGUCGUCUGUGGUGUGGGUUUAUCACAAGCGAGGGCUGAAGCGUUCGACUAAAGAGACGUUUCAGAGACACACACACUACGAUCACUCACACACACAGUGGGACAUUAUUUCCUGCCACUGUCAUCAGGGCUUGCAUAGCAACAACUAUAUGCAAACAGACACGCUCUCUUUCACAAGACUCCCAGUGUCCUCUCCGGAAAGCCAGCUCCAAGUUCACCAGUCGUCGUCAUCAUCAUAGUACGUCCCAACAAAGCUGAAACCAACGCUCACACUCAUACCCGUACUGUAUUGUACCCAUGAUAUAUUCACUCCUGUAGAACAUAAGCCCAAACACACGCACCCUUUUUUUUCAUUCUCAGGGGAUCUUUCAGUGAGCCAAGCCCGACACAGGGUUCAUAGCUGCUGGUACAUCAGCACAAUGCAUGUCCGUAAAGCUCCCUCGCUUUCUCUCUCUCUCUCUCUCUUUUUUUUUAUUAUUCUUCUUCUUAUUUUCAUAUUUGUCCAAAGCUUCGAUUUAACAAAAAUCAGCAUAACAAAAAGGAAAGGGAAAAAAUAAAAGAGGAUUUUUCAUAUCCUGAGGUGAAAGAAAUGAAAACUUUGCUCUCCUGGUGCGAGACGGUUUAUUUAUUUAUGAUGUAAAAUGUGUUUCUUUUCCUUUGACCCUUGAUUAGCUGUUAUCUUUGGCAACCUUUGACCUUUGUGCUGCUGCAGCUCCAGUAAGUUUCGGAUAGAUUCCUGUGUUCCCAUGAGGCGCGAGCAACCUCUCCCCAUCCUCCUCCCUCUAUUUUUAAGAAAUGUUGUUAGAUUUAUUUAUGACAUGUAACAAAGAUGAUGCAGGCUGUCCCAUUUGCUAAAGUUGCUGUUGUUAUCAUUAUUAUUAUUAUGAUUAUUAUUAUUAUUAUUAUUACUUGUAAAUAUCAAUGCAUCUAAGAACACUGAUGACUUUAGAUGAGUUUUUAAAAGAAAAUCCUGAUACCUUAGGCUGCUUGACGCAAAAAUACCUCAGGUUCUAUUGAAAGGCUUUUCCUUCCCCUGUACAUGUUUUGUGAAAAUGAGACAAAAAUACAGACAUGACAAAAUACCAA